UCGUAAAUUGUUCAUGCACAUAUUUGUUUUCCCGUAGCGAUUUACAUAGAAUGCAUUGUAUUUGUCUUGUUCAUUAUAACAUUGAUCAACUAAUUACUCAGAUAUUUAUUAAUUUACUUGAAUUUAUUCUAUUCAAUUGAAGGUUUAAUGAAUUUUUUAAAAUUGCAACGCUUCAAGACUUUUUUCAACAAGAAUUUAUGCUGGCAACGCCUAAGCAAAAAUGGGGAACUUCAGAAAGUGUUUGUCAGAAGAACCCUCUUUCCGCCUUUUCGCAGCUGCUAAGCAACAAUGGCUGUACGAUACGAACUUUGCGUUGGUCUCAAUAAGGGACAUAAAACAACGAAGGUGAAGAAUGUUAAAUAUACUGGAGACAAAAAGGUUAAAGGCCUUCGUGGCUCCCGUUUGAAGAACAUUCAAACCCGGCACACGAAAUUCAUGCGCGAUUUAGUUCGUGAAGUAGUCGGACAUGCUCCCUACGAGAAGAGAACAAUGGAAUUGUUGAAAGUUUCAAAGGAUAAGCGUGCCCUGAAAUUCUUGAAACGUCGCUUAGGCACACACAUCCGUGCAAAGAGGAAGCGUGAGGAGCUGUCCAACAUCCUCACUCAAAUGAGAAAGGCGCAAACCCAUGCAAAAUAAUUGAGCGAAAAUGUUCAUUAGAAAACGUAGAAAUAAAAUAAGAACAAGUGUUCUAUGAAAAGAUAA